AUGAGCCUGGACUCCCUGUUCCAGCAAAUCCUCCUCACGGAGCAGCAAGCGGAGGAGAAGCGGCGCCUCAUGCACCAAGUUAAAUUAGACAUAAAUGGAAGUCAUGAAAAAAUUAAGCAAAUAACAGAAGAGCUGAAUGAAGCAAAAAUAAAAUUAGAAACUAAGGUUCAACAGCUGUCUGAAAAGCUCUUCUACUUACAGCUUUUGAAGAAACGUGAAGACAUCUUAGAGAAAAAGAAAGUUGAACUUAUGAAUCAAAGGAGUAUUUUUCUCAAAAGCUUUUCAGAUACAAAGAGGAAAAUUAUUGAAGAAGAGGAGAAUUUUAUGAAGGAAAUCACAGAUUUUAACAAUGAGUAUGGACUAACAUGUAACAGAGAGCUUUUGAUUAGAAAAAAAGCCAAGACUGAAAUAUGUGACUUAGAAACUAAGGCAAAUAUUUUGAAAAAUGAAAUGGAGUCAAUGGAACGUGAAAAUGUUCAGUUAAAUGCACUCCAGCUGCAGAAGAAUGAAUUAAAGCAGGAUUUAUUUACUCUCCAGAGCAAACUCAAAGAUACUGAAGAACAACUACGUGAAGCUGAAGACAUUACAAAAUGUUUAGAAGCAGAAAAAGUCAAAGUUAGUGAAAAGCCUCAGACUGACAUUGAAUGUUUAAGGAUUAAAAAAGAACUGGAAAUUUACAAAGAAGAUGACUUGGAGAAUGUUUGUGAAGCUCUUCAAACAGAAAUUGAAUUUCUGCAGAUGAAAUUAUCACAAAAGUCUUCAGGCAAAUAA